GGUCGGACCCCAACAACUGGUCCGCAGAGCUGUUGGCGGCUGCCGGUGGGAAAUGGCGGAGUAUUUGGCCUCCAUCUUCCACACCGAGAAGGACAAAGUCAACUGUUCAUUUUAUUUCAAAAUUGGAGCAUGUCGUCAUGGAGACAGAUGCUCUCGGUUGCACAAUAAACCAACCUUUAGCCAGACCAUUGCCCUCUUGAACAUUUACCGUAACCCUAAAAACUCUUCCCAGUCUGCUGACGGUUUGCGCUGUGCUGUGAGCGAUGUCGAGAUGCAGGAACACUAUGACGCGUUUUUUGAGGAGGUUUUCACAGAAAUGGAGGAGAAGUACGGUGAGGUGGAGGAGAUGAAUGUUUGUGAUAACCUCGGAGAUCACCUCGUUGGAAACGUGUAUGUGAAGUUUCGCCGUGAAGAAGAUGCGGAGAAAGCUGUGAUUGAUUUGAACAACCGCUGGUUCAACGGGCAGCCCAUCCACGCUGAGCUUUCCCCCGUGACCGACUUCCGGGAAGCCUGUUGCCGCCAGUAUGAAAUGGGAGAGUGUACACGAGGCGGCUUCUGCAACUUCAUGCAUCUGAAGCCGAUUUCCAGAGAGCUGCGGCGGGAGCUGAAUCCAGGUCCGGGUCCCAGGAGCGUCUCUCUCGGUCUAGAGACCCGGGUUGUGGUGGUGGCGGAGGUGGUGGCAGAGGCGGUGGGGGACGGGAGCGUGACAGGAGGCGGUCAAGAGAGCGUGAGAGAUCUAGGUGAUUCUGAGCCAGGCCAUUUUUACCGAUGUCUGCUAGCAAGUGUUGUAGUUGAUUGA